AUGGUUGAAACUCAAUUGGCUCAAAUGGUGGGUUCUAUGAAAAGUGCUUCGACUACCCAACUCCCUAGUCAAGGUGUAAAUCGCAAUGAACAAGCCCAUGCUAUAAUCACUAGGAGUGGUAGACAAUUGGGGCAUCUGUGUGUAAAUGGGGGUAAGGCAAUGAAAUAUGACAAACAAUUGACCAAUGCCUUGAUUGAGGAUGGAGAUGAGAAAGAUGAUGACCCCCCUACACCACCACCAAAAGCCAAAGAUGAUGAGCUAGUCACAAGCACUCCGCCUCCUUACGUAGCAAAACUCCUCUACCCAAGUAGGUUUGCUACUUCUAAGCUUGAUGAUCAAUUUGCUAAGUUCCUUGAGGUCUUGAAAAAGUUCCAUGUUAAUAUCCCAUUCAUCGAAGGAAUAAAACAAAUGCCAACUGAUGCUAAGUUCUUAAAAGUGAUCCUAUCCAAAAAGAGGGCCUUAGAUAGUGUGGACACCAUUAACUACACCAAGAGUCAUAGUGCUAUAAUUCAAAACACGUUGUACACUAAGUUAAAGUAUCCCGGUAAUUUCGAUAUACCAUGUGCUAUUGGUGAUAUGACCAUUGAUCGACCUUUAUAUGAAUUGGGGGCUAGUGUCAGCUUGAUGCCACACUCCAUUUGCAAAAGAUUAAAUGGAGGAGAAAUGCCCAUAGAAAAGUUAUAUAUUUCCGUGGACUUUGUGGUGCUUGUAAUGGAUGAAGAUCCAAAUUUUCCAAUCAUCAUAGGUAGACCAUUAUUAACUACAACGGGGGCGAUUAUUGCUGUUGAAAAUGGCAAGUUAAUAUUUAGGGUAAGAGAUGAUAAGAUUGAAUUUAACCUCGUAAAAAUCAUGAAAUGUCCACCAUUUACGGAUAAUUGUUUUAGAGUUGAAACAACUAAUUAUGAUGUGUGCCAACCCAUGCAUGCUUAUGAUUAUGAUUUUCUCGCUCUUGUAUUGUUAAAUGAUGAUGAUUGUGGAAGUGAUGAGGUGAAGUCAAUAGUUGAGCUACCUGACUCCACCCCAACUCUUGAACCAUUUAAUGAUGUGUUCUUUGCUCUUGAUGAGAAAUAG